AUGUCACGUAAUUCUGCAGCAGGUUUAGAAAACACUCUUUUUCAACUCAAAUUUACAUCAAAACAACUGCAAAAGCAAGCAAAUAAAGCCUCAAAAGAGGAGAAACAGGAAACCAACAAGCUUAAACGUGCCCUCAAUGAAAAUGAAGAGAUAUCUCGUAUAUAUGCAUCCAAUGCUAUAAGAAAAAAAAAUGAACGAUUACAACUGCUGAAGUUGGCAUCCAGAGUGGAUUCAGUCGCAUCAAGGGUGCAAACUGCCGUGACAAUGAGACAGGUGUCUGCAUCCAUGGGACAAGUUUGCAAAGGCAUGGAUAAGGCAUUGCAGAACAUGAAUCUACAACAAAUAACUAUGAUAAUGGACAAGUUCGAACAGCAGUUUGAAGAUUUGGACACUAGUGUCAACGUGUAUGAAGAUAUGGGUGUGAAUUCUGAUGCUAUGCUGGUGGACAAUGAUAAAGUGGAUGAACUAAUGAGCAAAGUUGCUGAUGAAAACGGCAUGGAAUUGAAGCAAAGUGCAAAACUGGACAACGUUCCAGAGAUAAAGGCGAAGGAGGUUAAUGUUGACGACGAAAAGGAAGAUAAACUUGCACAAAGGUUAAGAGCGUUGAGGGGCUGA